AUGUUGCUCCGAGUGAUAGCGCUGGCCGUCUGCGCCGCGGUGGCCAUGGUGGACGUGUGCGCCGCGCCGUCGGACGGGGAGGCGACUGCCGACGCUGCAUCGCCCGUGGCGCCGUGGGUGGUGCUGCUCAAACCCGACGGCGAGGACGGGGAUCCACUCCUGCGAGAGAACGCCGGCGCCACUGACCCUGGCCCCGGGCAGAGCUACAAGAAGAAAAUCAUGGAAGAGACGCUGAAGUCGAUCGCCAACAGCUUAGUGGCCAUCCCACCAAUCCCAGCCUUCCCUGUCGAGGACACCGCCAGAACGACAGGCACAAGAAAUGUGGCCCUCGCCAGCGAAGUGCACAACACCGUUCAGAACAACCAGCCCAUCACCAACACGUUCAACAUUGUCGAAUCGCCUGUUGCCACGCAUGCGCCUCAUCACCCGUUGGUGAAACCGGUGACGCUAUCGAACUCCAACUCUCUCAAGGCGUCGGACGACAGAUUCUACCGGCCCAGGCGUCCCUACAGGAUCGCACCUGCUUACGACGGAUGCAAUGGACUUACCUCGUGCGUGAACAGUUACAGUUCGAAGAUCGUCGAGAACACCAUGGACUCCAUAGCCAAUAGCAUCAUGUUCUUUCCAAAUUUGAUUGCUGGCAGCGGCUUAGGAACAUAUUCUGGUUACGACACCAGAGGUUAUGAUUAUAGACCACAUCCUUACACUACUUACGUACCUAAAACCGUCCCUACCAACAAUGUAGCAAUGGCCAGUGAAGUCUACAAUACUUUCCAAAAUAGUCAACCGAUAACCAACACAUUCAACAUGGGGCACAGAUCUCUCGCAACUAGCAACGUUUUGGAGAACGCUGAAGCUAAGUACGUUACAGAAAAGAAUGGACGUAAUGAACUUACAUCGUGUAUUGACAAGUACGAAAAGAAGAUUCUGAAGAACUCUUUGAAGUCAGUGGUUAACAGCAUGACAUCCAUUUCUCCAUGGACCGCGACCGAUACUGGGGAGGCCUAUGGCAACGAGAACGUCGCCAAUGCGGUUGCUGUCGAUAACGGCGCCUACGACACCGACGUAGUCGCAGGCAACAGCGUUGCCCCGGUCAUUGAAGUCGUGUCGCCUUCUUAUGCAUCUGAAGGUUUGCACAAGUUGAACAAACGCAAGCCUCAAAUCACCCAAUCAUUUAAUGAUGGGCUCUCCUCGUUCAUUGAUAAUUUGGAAUCGAGUAUCGUGAAGCAGACGAUGACUUCUAUUGCCAAUAGCAUGGCGUUUCCGACAUGGUUUGGUGGCAACGCAGCUACCCAAUCUGCGUACGGUACUACCGGCGAAAACAUCGCAAACGCUGUAGCAAUCGACAAAGAAGUUACUCGCCCAGUUAUCAAAACUGUACGCCCUUCCUACAUAUUGAAAAAGCACAAGAUAAGUUCACUGCAAGAGUCGAAUAUUGGUUCGCAAGUUACUGAUGGUUUAUCUAAUUACGACGUUAUAGGUUCUGGAAAUGUUGCAAAUGCUGUUGCCGUUGAUGAUACCUUUAAUGGCAACUUAAUAGUCAAUUCUGAUGACUCUAAAUCGUCGACAAUCGAUAGCACUCAGUGGGGUGUGAAUGAGGGCGCAGCAUAUAGUGGUAAUAGCAUAGCCAAUGCAGUAGCCAUUGAUAAGGAUGGAGUCAGCGCUCAUCCUGUAAUAAACAUUGCAAGACCAUCUUACUUAUCAAAUAAAAACAAGUUGGAAACUGAUAGUGGGUUGAAAGUUACUGGAGGUAACUCUGACUUCGGCGUCGUAGGUUUUGAGAACGUUGCAAAUGCUGUUGCUAUUGACGACGACUACAAAGGCAAUGCAAUGGUUGGUUUCGAUGAGUCGAAGUCGACAAUUAUCGAUGACACUCAGUGGGAUGUGAAUGAGGGCGCAGUAUAUGGCGGCGAUAGUAUCGCCAAUGCAGUAGCGAUUGAUAAGGAUAUUGAUGUCGGCCCUCUCCCUGUAAUCAAAAUUGUAAGGCCAUCUUACGUAACAAAGGAACACGAGUUAAGUUCAAUCAAGGGGUCAAAUGAUGGUCUGAAAAUUACCGAAGGUUACUCUAACUACGGCGUAGUAGGUUCUGAGAACGUUGCAAAUGCCGUUGCCAUAGACGAAGAUGUAUUUAGAGACAAAAUAACGUUCGAUACUCAUGAUUCAGAAUCGAAUGUUUUCAAGGAAAGUGAUGGCGAGGCAGAUGAGGGGUUAAGUUACUCUUCAUACAGCAGCGGCAAUAUUGCCAACGCGGUCGCCGUCGAUGGACUCCAAGACGCAGAUACCGACAAAGAAGUCGUCAAAUUUCAGGAAACAAAGCAUGAUAAUUUCGCAACCUACCCUACAUACCAUACUGGAAACAUUGCUAAUGCAGUUGCAAUCGACGAUGCCACCUAUGAUGAUGAAGUAGCCGUUUUCUAUGACGAUUCAAAAUUCACAAACACAUUGAAGGAAGUGGAUGAAGUGCACAACACCGGCACUAAAGAAUACGCUAGCUUCACUCCUACAAAUGUGGCUAAUGCAGUUGCUAUUGACGGAGGCUCCCCUGAUGACCGACCAGUCGUUGUUUUUGACGGUUCACGACCUACGAAUUCGUACAAGACUACUAGUGAUGUGGAAAACACAGGACCAACAGUUUAUUCUACGUACGGUCCCUGGAACAUAGCUAAUGCAGUCGCCAUUGACGAAGGUGCCUUUCAUGACAAAACACCUGUUACUUUUAACAAUGUGGUGCCAAUGAACUCGAUCAAGGAAACGCAUAGUAAUGUGAACACAUACGACAAAGACUUUCUCACUUAUAACACUGCAAAUAUUGCAAAUAAAGUACCCAUAGUUGAAAACCAAAAUGUCUUACAAUUAGACGGCAAUGACAACAAAGGAUAUUUUGAUUAUUUUGACACGAAUGACGAAGAAAUUCGUGACACGCCAGUCUAUCCUACAUACAACUUCGGAAAUGUAGCAAAUGCAGUCGCCAUUGAUGGAGAUGUCAGGGAAGUUGAAGGAGGUAUUGUUGACAGUAAGAAAAUUAAACCCACCAAUUAUGUUGUCGGGAAUGUUGCAAAUGCAGUAGCAAUUGACAGACCCCAAACUGAUAACUGGAAUACAAACUCACUCAAAGAAAAAAAUGAGGUAGACGUUUCUAAUGACGCAAUAUAUUCUCCUUACGGCACCGGGAGCGUUGCAAAUGCAGUCGCCAUUGACGAUGACUUGUAUAACGAGAAAGUUGAUGGUUCGGAAAUGACGUACGCUUUAGACACUUACGAUGACACGGACUACGACACAAUUGAUAUAGAACCCUCUGUCGAUACAGUCGCCGACGAAGAUGAAAAUUAUGAAGACGAAUCCGUUUUUGAUGAAAAGAAUGACGAAGUGGAGGUCAAUGUCAACGAGAACUACUCUGCCCAUACCAGUGGAAACGUGGCCAAUGCAGUCGCAAUAGACGUUGGUGGUUUCAAACCUUCUGGCUCCUAUGUCGAAAACACGGUGCCUUUACACACGACGUUCGUUUCAGCUAAAGAACCUGUUAAGCCACAGAAUUUUUAUAAGAUCAGCGGUGCUGGUUCUGUCGCUAAUGCCGUAGCCGUUGAUACUGAUGAAGGCAAAGUUCAUGUUGGGGACUCCUCGCCAGUUUCUCCGUCAAAAAUAGAAGAAGAAAGGUAG